CCAGUUGGUGGCGACAAUACACCUUUUGAGUGUAGUUCGUCAUAAAAUCCAAAGAAGAAGAAGAAAACAACGGCGCUGGAGCAGUGAAUACACAUUAACAAUACAAUAGUGUAGUUUUGAGUUUUGUUCUGAAACCUUUGAUUUAGUUACAUGUGUAAAUAUUGACAUGGCUCAGAAAGCUUGUUCGAGGCUUGCUGCAGCGAUUCCACGGCUUUUAGCAAACCGAAAUGUCAUUCCAGCCUCAAGAAGAGCACUGUCAAACACAUUCGGUUCUCACUCCCGAUGUGCAUCAUAUAUCCAUGUCGCUCACAAAGAGGACGUGUUACGUAGUUUCAGCUCAUUCCAAUUGCCAGAAACUGAUGUCUCUUACGAACAAUUAAAGAAACUACUCGCUACCCGUACAUGUGUAGUAAUAGAUGUCCGAGAGCCGUGGGAACUCCGAGAGUAUGGAAACAUCCCGGGGUCAAUCAACAUACCUCUUGGACAGGUGAACAUUGCCCUACAGCUGAACCCUGAAGAAUUCAAGGAGAAGUAUGGUGGAGACAUGCCCCAGCCGACAGACCACAUUGUCUUUUCCUGCCUGGCUGGGAUCAGGAGCCAAAAAGCCCUAGACCAAGCAGUCUCUCUAGGAUAUAAAGACGUACAACACUAUGCAGGUGGAUGGCAAGAUUGGGCAAAAUGUGAACAAGAAAGCUGAUUGUCUGAGAGGCUCAAGAAUUGUGCCAUUCUUGGAGGUCAUUUUAUUUAAUCAAUCAAGAUUGAGCUAUUAUCUGACAUUUCAGAUUAUUAUGGAAGGUAAUCCAUAAAUAGCCAAUUUGCUUUAUAUCAGUAAAGAGGGAAUGUACACAGCAAAUUGACCACUGUUACCUAGUGUUGAUUUUACAGUGUAACAUUUCUAGUGUUGAUUCAAGAGUGAAAUUAAAUCUCAGUGGUGUAAAAUAAACCCAGUGGGUGUUAAUAACCAGUUUCAAGUGUGAUUGUGUCAGUUUUACUCUGUGGAGAGUAAAACAUUCCCUUAAAAUUCACGCCCAUCAUUAUCAUAUUUCCCAGCAUGCAGCAAAAAAAAGGAUUGUUUUUCAUAUCAGUGUUUUUGCAUGUACAUUGAUUAAUUUCAAAAUCUUAAGCUACACAAAGAUAAAUAAACUAAAAUAAUCUAAUCAGUUCGAUUUAUUGCAGCUGUUACUGAAAUGGUUGUUACAGUUUAAAUGGUUUAGGUAGUCUUCUUUUGUUAAUGCUCCUAACCCUGAUAGUCAGUCUGAAUGCAGGUUGCGGGUGAAUAAAAACGGGUGAAUAAAAAUUCCAA